UUGAUGGAGAGAGGUCUUGUGGUGACAGCCGAGCCAGAGGCUGCUGCUCCUGGCUCUCUCCCGCUUCAUCCCUGUUUUUGGAAGGACAGCUGAGGGUCCCGGAGGAGGCUGCAUCGGAUUUCACAGAUAAAUUCUGCAUCAUUCCCACGACUUCUCUGAGGUCUCCACUUGCCCCUAUGGACGGGCUCCAUCCACGGCAGGGCUUCGAGCAUGUCUGAGCCACUGCCUGGGGGCUCACAGGCUUGAGCUCUGAAAGGGGAGAGAUGUGCCCCACAGCACCUCCCUGUCCCCGUUCCUGCCUAGAUGGAGACCCGCUGCCCAGCACCAUGAGGACCAACCGCUGCAGCCACCUGCCUGGAGUGCCUCCGGAGCGCCCGCACCCUCCAGCCCCCGAUGGGAAGAGCCUGCCUGGCAGCAGCGGGGGCCUGGCCACCAGCUGUCCCCAGUAUGUCAUGCAGGUGUCCUCCAAAGAUGGGCAGCUGCUCUCGUCCGUGGUGCGGACCCUGGCCGUGCAGAGCAGCCCCUUCAAUGACCGGCCCAUCUGCAGGAUCUGCCACGAGGGCAGCAGCCACGAGGAGCUGCUGUCCCCCUGUGAGUGCACGGGGACCUUGGGGACCAUUCACCGCAGCUGCCUGGAGCGCUGGCUGUCCUCCUCCAACACCAGCUACUGUGAGCUCUGCCACUUCAGGUUUGCAGUGGAGCGCAAGCCCAGGCCACUGGUGGAGUGGCUGAGGAACCCGGGCCCCCAGCAUGAGAAGAGGACUCUCUUUGGGGACAUGGUGUGCUUCUUGUUCAUCACCCCGCUGGCCACCGUCUCCGGCUGGCUCUGCCUGCGAGGAGCCGUGGACCACCUGCACUUUAGCAGUAGGCUGGAAGCUGUUGGCCUCAUUGCACUCACUGUGGCACUCUUCACUAUUUACCUCUUUUGGACCCUGGUGUCCUUCAGGUACCACUGCCGGCUGUACCACGAGUGGCGUCGGAACAAUCAGCGGGUGAUGCUCCUCAUCCCAAAAUCUGCCAACGUCCCCUCCACCCAGCAGUCCCUGCUGGGCCUGCAGCCCCUCAAAAGGAGCUCCAAGGAGACAAUCGUGUGAUUUUGGGGCACAGCUGCACACUAAAGGUGUUUUGUUUUUCCUCAGACCCGUCGGGGUUGGUCAGCGUCCAACAGCCAGGAAUGUGCAAUUUGGAUUUAAAGACUGACUGCAGAGGGAUAAAUCAGAGUCAGAAUUCAAGUCAUGGAUGCUGCAGUCAUCUGUGGCAUUUGCUAAGCUGCUAAACGUGUCUAGUGAGCAGGGACCCUGUGGAUUCUGCAAAUAUGUUAAUUGUUGCGUCAUCGAGUGAUGCAAACUUUUUUUAUUGUUUAAAGUAUUAAACUGUGGUAAUUAACAAUGCAAAA